GUAGCCAAUCGCUUUCAGCAGUUAUUAGUUUGCACGAUGGAAAAAGGCAACAAAGUUUCAGCAAUUGAUGUUCUACUGUUCAUCCCGAAUAUCAUCGAUUUUUCGAGGAUAAUUUUGUACUUCACUGCCUUCUAUUUCGCCAGAACCAACUAUGUCAUUACAACAAGUUGUUUUAUCGUCGGCAUAAUACUAGAUGAAUUCGAUGGCCGAGCAGCGAGAUAUUUUCACCAGGAAUCGAAGCUUGGUGCUAUGCUGGACAUCAUGACAGAUCGCGUCGGGAAUGUUUGUCUCAUUUUAAACAUUGUCAACUUCUAUCCUGGCUAUACGUUACUGUUUCAAUUGAGUGUCUAUGUUGAUAUCGUUGGCCACUGGUUGUACAUCCAUCAUUCCGCAUUCACUGGUUCAUAUCAUCAAGACAUGAAAGGUGGAAAUUAUUUUUUACGACAUUACUAUUCGAACAGGAUGCUCCUUUCUCUGUUGGUUGAUGGGAACGAAAUAUUUCAUUUGAUGUUGUAUUUACUGCACUUUACUGAAGGACCAAUGUUGAAUCUACCGGGUUUGAAUAUUGGUCUGGUAAGAUUAGCUUUAUAUGCAUUCACACCAGUCAUGGUCGCAAAAUGUUGCUUUUUCAACGUUGUUCAUCUGUACGAUUCCAUAUGGAGCAUGGCAAAAUUAGAUGCUGAUCUACGAAACGACAAGGAGGCUAAAGAAAAAUAAUACAGAAGAUAUUGCAAUUUAUCAUGUACAUUAUUGCUUCGCAAUAGUCGGUAAAACGAAAUUUGAAUGCUGCUUUCGUAUGCGAUAUCACUUGCUUAACUUGAUCUCAAUCGCAUACUAAAGUGGCGCACCGAUUGUGGUGCUUCUUUGAUAUUCGUUUAAUUUCGUAAAGGCAUCUCAUAAAACUCGGUUACAAGCCCUAACUAUAAUCACGGAGAUCGCAUACCGAAGUAACACCAAAAUUUGGAUAUUUUCCUACACUUUCAAAUAUUUAAUAAUCAAUGUUAUAAACCGAAAAGUUUAGAUAUUGGGGGCCGCCCUGAACACAUUAUUGCGAUAUGUGCAUUUUGCAUAAAAAUAAUUUUGUUCGAAUAUUUCUAUACUGUUGAAAGAAAUUGAAUAUAAUGCUGUGUUUUUUCGUUACAGCUGUAGACAUAGGGCAUAAGCUGAAAAUAAGGUAACUGUUAAUUUCCAUACAUUAUAACCACCGACUGCUAACAGCAUGUGUUAAAUUGCUACAAUUCAAAGUCGAACCACCAUUUAUUUCCUUAUAUGAUUCACCACAACAAGUUCUCAUGCUGGUUCGAAAUUUCAGAGCGAAUAAGAGUCUGAUCAAGUGACCCCGCCCGUGCACGACAGGUCGUCUCUUGGUAUAUUUCUUUGUUGUAGUUUGAUUAAAAUUAUAAGUGUACUUUCAUUUAUCUGUUACUUAAAAUAAUUCAAUUCGAUUGUUAACUUCACAAUAUAUGGGCAUUCGGCAACAGA